AGUGCAACAUAUGUGUUUGUUUUAGUAGUCUCCGAAAAACUGUGUUGAGCAGUAGUGAAGAAACCACUGACAGGAUUGCAUUUUUCUUUGCCUUGGAGAUAUUCAUCCCUAUUUCUAAGUACUCUCAUACUUAAAGGGACUUUUUGGGGCCACUUUCAACAAGGUGCUCAUAUCUUCUUCCUACCCAAGACAAACCAUGCUAGUCACCGUGGCAGCCCCACUUUGCUUCCCUCCACAUCCUGCUCUCUUCCUCCUGACCUGUCUCCUGUGGGUGUUCCCAGCUCAGAGCCAUGCUGGCAACAUCCUGGUGUACCCUGUGGACGGCAGCCAUUGGCUCAACAUGGACAUCCUCCUGCGAGAGCUGCACCAGCGGGGGCACUCUUUAAUGGUGGUCCGCUCGUCCACCAGCUGGUACGUCCCUGAACACGCUCCCCACUACUCCUCCGUCACAGUGCCGGUGCCCAGGGCCAGCAGACAGGAGGACCCACAGUACAUGGCAUACUUCCUGAAGAGGAGCCUGGAAAUAUGGACACGAGAGCGCUCCGUUUUGUCCUUUAUUGAGCUACAGAAGGAGACUAUUAAUUUGCUGGAGGAGGCCCAUCGCAGCAGUGCUGAAAUGGCCCUCUUAGCCAUGGAGGACAAACAAUUAAUGGAGAAGCUGAAGGCAGCCAACUUUGAUUUAAUGUUGACUGAUCCUGGAUUUGCAGGAGGAGUUGUAUUAGGGACUUACUUGGGUCUUCCUAUUGUGCUUAACGUUCGUUGGAUCACUAAUGCAGAGGGACACUUUGCAAUUGCACCUUCGCCCCUUUCUUACAUACCAACUAUCGGGUCACUGGUCACAGAUAAAAUGAGUUUUGCCAACAAACUGAAAAACUUCUUGCAUUAUGGAAUCGCUCUUUAUAUUGAUUAUGGCAUAACAAGACCCUUAUACCAGGGUGUGAUCAACAAAUUCAUCGAUCCAAACACCAACAUCUAUUCUCUCAUUCAAGGGGCUGACCUAUGGCUGAUGAGAGUGGACUUUGUGUUCGAGUUCCCACGCCCCACCAUGCCCAACGUGGUCUACAUGGGGGGCUUCCAGUGUAAGCCUUCUAAGCCUUUGCCAGCAGAGUUAGAGGCAUUUAUGCAAAGCUCGGGGGAACAUGGGGUUGUGGUCAUGUCUUUGGGGAGUCUGCUGGGUAGCCUCCUACCGGAGAUCUCAGAGGUCAUUGCCACUGCCUUCGCCCUCCUGCCUCAGAAGGUGGUGUGGAGACACACGGGAGAGAAGCCCUCUACUCUAGGCAACAACACACUGUUGGUGAACUGGCUGCCUCAGAAUGACCUACUGGGCCAUCCCAAAACUAGAGGCUUUGUGACACAUGGGGGCACCAAUGGGAUCUAUGAGGCCAUCUACCAUGGGGUUCCCAUGUUAGGCCUUCCUCUAAUUUUUGACCAGUUUGACAACAUGCUGCGUCUACAGGCCAGGGGUGUGGCUAAGGUUCUCGAGGUGACAACCCUAAAGGUGGAACCUAUGACACAGGCACUGACAGACAUCCUGGACAACAGGAAGCACUAUAGAAACAAUAUGCGCAGGAUGUCAAAGCUCCACCAUGAUACACCUCUCAAACCAAUGGACAACGCCAUCUUCUGGAUAGAAUUUGCUGUGAGACACAAGGGUGCAGCACACUUGCGCACUGAGUCCUACAAGAUGCCCUGGUAUGCUUACCACAAUGUGGAUGUGCUGGUACUUCUCCUGACUGUUGUAGUCUCUGUCCUGUUACUAAUGCUAAUGACUUGCAAGGUUUUAGGCAGGGCACUUUGCCGAAAGAAAAAGGAAAAAGUGCAGUAAUUUCUGAAGAAUUUGUUUUACAUUCUACAGUACAUUCAAAUUAUCUGGUGCAAUUGAAAUCCACUACAAGACAAAUGGGCAUGAAACUUUGUCAAAAUCAGACUAUAGAUGAUUAAUCAAUCACUCUUUCUUGUAAUAAAAUAAAAACAGCAAUUUAGCAAAUGUUAAAUCAAUGCAAUCUUGUCAAUGUCACAAUAUUGCUAAUACAACAUUUUUAUAGAUUUUUAAAGAACUUUAUUUUUUUUACAGACAUUAAAAUGUACCCAUCACCUAUAACCAUGUUCAUAUUCACAUAAUACCACAAUCUCUUUCUUGGUCAACACAAAAUAAUUACAAAAUAAAAUGGUCGACAACAA